CCUGUUGCCCCCGAAACUCGCUGGCAUUUCCUAUCAUUUCCAGAUACGGGAGAGAAAAAAAGGAAGCGGGAGGCAGGCUCCUAAGUCGCCUCAGUAGCUGCAUAUUCUAGGAUUCUAAAGGCGUCCAUCUGAAACUCCCAUCUGUGAUGAUUCCCUCCCCAGAGGCCCCGGCAAUAUUCCCAGGGAACAGGACCCUUCAGCCAUCAAAUUCCCCUGCCUCUUGGAACUGGACAUUACCUCUCAGAGGGGCAUGAGCACGGCAAAUUAAGACAUUUGCCUUCCUCAAACUGUUACAGAUUUAGCGUCAGCAGUUAUUCAGAGGGAUUCUUGGGGCCUGACUCUGAGCUUGAACUGCUUUGGAAUGGGGCCAGGUUGUGAAAUUUCUUGGGGCACUUUAGCUCAGUUUCUAAAGGCCACACAGCGGGCCUCUCUGGUGGAAGGAAUUCCUCACAGAGGAUACAGUCUUAAAGCAUUUCUCUCUCAGUGAAGGAUGUUAAAUAGGCCUUCAUAAAAAGACCUCAGGAUUUAGACUUCCAGGACUCAGCCAGAGGUCAUAGUCCGAGAGAAAAACACCACCUCAACUCAGAGAGUCUCUCAAACUAAUCUGACUUCACAGGGCCCUAGAUUUGAAAUCUUGCAAAAAGAUGGGUGCUGAGGCAUCUAGAUGGUUACCUAUACUUUGAGAAAUUUCCAUAUUGAGGUCUCAAAUUGAGAUAGACUUUAUAGACCCAUGAGAAUUACAGGGCUUCAGCUACCCAGAGAUACCUGGGCUAAAAGAGCUACUUUAUAAAGAUGCUCUGUCUUCUCACAGUGUCCAAUAUAAUGGAAUGAUUGAAAAUGCAGGAUCUGAAGCCAGAUGGUCUGCACUGGUAUUCUGGCCAGUUAGUAGCUCUCUGAUCUUGGGCAAGUUACUUCUCUGCACCUCAGUAUCCUCCUCUGAAAAUGUGGGGCCAAAAAUAGUACCUACCUCACUGGGUUGUUGUGAGAAUUAGAUGGGUUAAUACAUGAAAAGUGCUUAGACCAAGUACUUGGCAUAAAGUGAGAGUUGGAUAUAUAUUAGCCAUCAUUAUUAACCAUCUGGGGGAACUUCAACUGCAUUUGGAGUCUGGACAUCCAACAGGAAAGGCCUGCCUGGGAGUGUCUUGUGAACAUGAUUUGCAUAACGGUUGAGGCCCUGCUGACGUCAAGGGCUCCUUGCAGCAUCAGGGCAGAUCUAGUCCUGGAAGUAGUUCCUGCCACACAGCAGUCCCACAAUCACCCCACCAAUCUUGCUUCCGAUUCAACUCCUGAAGCACCAGGAAGUGAAACAAAGCGGCAGAGCCUCGUGUCUCCAGCUCACCCUUGUCCCUCUCAUCCCAUCCCCCAGGGCUCCACUUCCUCCUCCUCCUUUUCACCUGUCAACUCCUAUCAUUUAGGACUCCCAGAUGGGGACCAGAAGUGGGAAGAGCAUAGGAGACAUUAUACACAACUGAGGAUCUACCAAGAGAAGAGGGAGAUGCUGAGACUACAAAUGAUGUCCCCCAUAUCCAGUGCGAGGAUGGCUGUGAUCCUGAAGGACUCAGGGACAACAGUCAGCCCUGCUUGCAAAGGAUCCACCAGGGCCUGGUUUUUUACGAGAAGCUGCUGGGCUCAGACAUUUUCACAGGGGAGCCUUCUCUACUCCCCAAUGGCCCUGUGGACCAGCUUCACGCCUCCCUCCUGGGCCUCAGGCAACUCUUGCAGCCUGAGGGUCACCACUGGGAGACUGAGCAGAUUCCAAGCCCCAGUCCCAGCCAGCCGUGGCAGCGCCUCCUUCUCCGCCCCAAGAUCCUUCGCAGCCUCCAGGCCUUUGUGGCUGUAGCUGCCCGGGUCUUUGCCCAUGGAGCAGCAACCCUGACCCCUUAAAGCCAGCAGCUUUAAGGAUGGCACCCACAUCUAUGGCUCAGCAAUGCUAAGAUGAAUCUAUCAGCCCAGGCACCUACGAGCCAACAAGUUAAUUUGUCCAUUAAUUCUAAUGGGACUUGCAUAUGUUGAAAAAUUACCAGUACUGACUGAUUUCUGAUGCUGACCUAGCAAAAGGUUGAGUAUUUAUUAGAUGGGAUGGGAAAAUUUGGGAUUAUUUAUCCUCAUGGCAGCAGUUUGGGGAGGAGGAUUAUUUAUUAUAUUUAUACUGAAUUAUGCACUUUUUCAAUAAAUACUUAUUUAUGUGGAUAUCUGAGUCUAAUUUCUAGGCUUGGUUGGGAAAAAGGAAUAGAAUGGAAAAAUAGGGCCAAGGGACUACAAUGUGCAUCCUUCUGCUCUGCAGGGCUACAGUGCAGAGGGACAUUUCCUCACCACCCCCUGGUGUGCAGAGUAACUGGGAUCUUUUUGGUCUUAAUCGCUGUAUGGCUAAACAAGUUGAAUGGGACUACAAGGGGUUGAGAUUAGGAAGUGGGGCCCCUAAGUGAGGCCCCUCUCUUGCUCCCUGACCCAGUGCCUCCUUUCUUUCUUUCUUGGCCAAGAGUGUAUUUGGCCAAAGACAGGAGUCCCGAUCACUGAAGGAUCGAAAGUCAGAGCUGUUUUGGGCACAAAGGGCAUUCCAGAAAGAUGGAGGUAAAUCUCACAAACUAAUGGGAUUCUCCUUUAACGGACAUCUGUGGGCCCCUUCAGUGGGGGAUUUGGUUACCCAAGGGGAGUUAAGCUGCCUUUGAAAGCAAGCAGGGGAAGGGGCUAGUGACUAUUCCCCUUCCUUUUCUCCAGAGUCACAAGAUCAAAAAAGCAUGGGCUUUGGAGUUAGAUGGACCCAGGUUUAUAUCUUGGUUUUGCCACCAACCAGGUGAGUGACAGUGGGCUAGUUAUAUAACUACUCACCCUCCCCCCAACUUAUAGCUCACAGCUCCCCCUGGAAAAUCUAAGCGACAGGAAAAGCUGCUCUCAACAGGGAGGUAAAAAGAAACAUGACAAGAGGGGCCUAUUGGGGUGGAUGGAAGACAGGCCACGAUUUGCUGGCUUCAAUCCUACGUGGCCUGCUGGUGUCUCCAAGGACAUUAGUCUUUGUAAGCAGAGAAGUAAAGAAGUUCAGAGAGGAAGCAUUUCCAGGUCAGCACAAAGUUUAUUAGCCACUUCUGCUCAGAAGGGCCUCUUUCUGCCCAGAACUGUUCCUCUGAUGUACCAGGCAGGAAACAGCCACAUGUAGAGGACCUCACUUGAAUUCACAUCUCAAGUUAUACUAGAAGCAUAUCUU